CAUUAUUUUAUAUCUCGAGGGCAAAUCAAGCACUUUCCACAAGUAUAUAAACCUGUCCCCGCUUUCACUGAUUUAUCCUACACAUUACUUGACAGAUCUCUGUAAGAGAAGCAAACACUCCCUCUGACGUCUGAUUCACGAUCAAUCGAUCUAAGAGAUUCCUGGUUUACUGAAACAAAUAGAAAUGUUGAAGAUCUGUUGCAUUGGAGCUGGAUAUGUCGGGGGUCCCACAAUGGCAGUGAUAGCACUGAAAUGCCCCAACAUUCAAGUGGCGGUGGUGGACAUUUCCGUCCCCCGUAUCACCGCCUGGAACAGCGACAAUCUCCCGAUCUACGAGCCAGGCCUAGACGAUGUGGUAAAGCAAUGCAGAGGCAAAAACCUCUUCUUCAGCACCGAUGUAGAAAAACACGUAUGUGAAGCCGACAUAGUCUUCGUCUCAGUCAACACCCCGACAAAAACCCGCGGCCUCGGUGCCGGAAAAGCCGCCGACCUCACAUACUGGGAAUCCGCCGCCCGCAUGAUUGCUGACGUGUCAAAAUCCGACAAAAUCGUCGUCGAAAAGUCAACCGUCCCGGUCAAAACCGCCGAAGCCAUCGAAAAAAUCCUCACACACAACAGCAAAGGAAUCAACUUCCAAAUCCUCUCAAACCCCGAGUUUCUCGCGGAAGGAACCGCAAUCCAAGACCUUUUCCACCCCGAUCGCGUCCUCAUCGGGGGACGCGAAACGCCAGGUGGACAAAAAGCAAUCCAAACAUUAAAAUCCGUGUACGCGCACUGGGUCCCAGAAGAAAACAUCAUCACAACAAAUCUAUGGUCCGCGGAGCUUUCAAAACUCGCCGCCAACGCGUUCUUAGCCCAACGCAUCUCCUCCGUGAACGCUAUGUCAGCGUUAUGCGAAGCCACGGGCGCGAACGUUUACCAAGUCGCGUACGCGGUUGGAAAGGACACAAGAAUCGGUCCGAAGUUUUUAAACGCGAGUGUAGGGUUCGGAGGAUCUUGUUUCCAAAAAGAUAUUUUAAAUUUGGUUUACAUAUGCGAAUGCAAUGGUUUACCUGAAGUUGCGGAGUAUUGGAAACAAGUGAUUAAAAUUAACGACUACCAGAAGUCGCGAUUUGUAAACCGUGUUGUCGCAUCGAUGUUCAACACGGUUUCGAAUAAAAAAAUCGCGAUACUGGGGUUCGCGUUUAAGAAAGAUACGGGGGAUACGCGUGAGACACCCGCGAUUGAUGUGUGUAAAGGGUUGUUGGGGGAUAAAGCGUGUGUGAGUAUAUAUGAUCCGCAGGUUACGGAGGAUCAAAUCCAACGGGAUUUGACUUUGAAUAAGUUUGAUUGGGACCAUCCGAUUCAUUUGCAACCGAUGAGUCCGACCGCGGUUAAACAGGUGGCGGUUGUGUGGGACGCGUAUGAGGCGACGAAGGGUGCGCAUGCGAUUUGUAUUUUGACUGAGUGGGAUGAGUUUAAGAGUUUGGAUUAUCAGAGGAUUUAUGAUAAUAUGCAGAAACCGGCUUUUGUUUUUGAUGGGAGGAAUGUUGUGGAUCUUGAGAAGUUGAGGGAGAUUGGGUUUAUUGUUUACUCGAUUGGGAAGCCGUUGGAUGCUUGGCUUAAGGACAUGCCUGCUAUUGCUUAAAACUAAAACGACGUCAUUUUCGGUUCGUUUCGUUUCUUUUUAAGUAGGUAAAAACAGUGAUCUCCUUUUCGUAUAUCUGUCUUUUUUUUUUUAAAAAACUUUAUGUUUUGCUUUUUUACAUUACAUUACACUGUGUAUCAGAUUUUGAGCAAAGUAUUGUGUAAGAGAUGAUAUUGUUGAAUUCUUGGACUAUUCGUUUUAUAUAACAUAUCCUUAAUUUUGUGAA